UAAAAGAACGCCGCCCAGGAUUGACCGGACGUCGCCCGAACGAGUCGGAGUCGCCACAGCUGACCAGCGUCGUCAUGAACACUUUCUUCGCAGUCGUUCUGCUGGCCACAGCGUGCGCUGUCCAGGCGGGCUACUUCGGUGCCGGUCCUGCAUUCUUCGCGGCGCCCUACGGCUACGGUCACCAUUUCGGUCCGGCGCCCCUGAUUGCCCACGCCCCAGUCGUCGCCAAGGUCCCUGCGCCGGUGUUCGCCGCUCCCGUGGUGGCAAAGGUGGCUGCCCCCUUGUACCACCCCGUGGUGGCUAAGGUGCCCACGGCAGUGAGCUACUCCUACUUCCAUUCCGCCCACCCGGUUCCGCUGUUGAAGGUGGCGGCUCCCGUGUUCGCCAAGGUUCCCUACGGUCACUACUACCACUGAGCUGGACGUCGACGACGAUGAUAUCAGGCCACUUCAUCAUCAGGGGCUAGGGAUUCUCUACAUGCUUCCGAGGGAGGCGCUAACACGGCGAAAGAGAAGAAACCCAGCUAACGAACGAGCACCACAUCUGACCGUCUUUGGAGGUUUCAAGUUCGAAGGGCAACAAACAAGAAGGACGCAACCAUUGCUGCAGGGAAAUACCAACGCGCCAAACAUGUACAAAGCAGUCACGCCAAUAAACUGCCAGCAUCCACUCGCA